AUGACUAUGUUUAUUCCUCUGCUGCUGUUGCUGAUCUGCUCUUUCUCCACGGCUCAGCUUCAAGAGGAGCCUGACAAUGAAAUGAUUCCACAUGGAAAACAGACUGAAUCCAGGGGAGGAGAACCAGCAAAUGCCUCUGAUCACCAACCAGCCUGUCCACAAGACAUUCAUGCUGUGCUGAGAGAGAUGAGCGCCUUGUUGGCUGAACAGAGGGUGGAGAUCAGGCAGCUACAGAGAGAUAAUGAAGCACAAAUGACUAUGGUGGUAGCACAGGCAGCAAAGCUGGAGGGGCAGAAGACUGUGAUGGACAACUUGAAGCAGGAGAUGAUUCACUUACAGAGAGACAAUGAAGCCCAGGUGAACAACUUGAAGCAGGAGAUCAGUCAAUUACAGAGAGAUAAUGAAGCACAGACAGCAACGCUGAUGACUGAAAUGGACAAUCUGAAGCAACAGCUACAAGCCAAACAGGUGGCUUUCUCUGCCUCUCUGUUGGCUUCAGGCGGAGGACAUGUUGGACCAUUUAACACACACACUCCUCUGGUCUUCAGACACGUCGUCACAAACAUUGGAAACGCCUACAACCCAAACACAGGGUUUUUCAUUGCACCAGUGAGAGGAGCCUACCACUUCGAGUUCUACAUAGGUGCACAAGGACAUAAUUCACAUCCUUCAGCUGCUUGGUUGGUCAAGAAUGGAGAACAUAUUUUUAUUGCAUAUGAACAUCAAAGUAACCUACAUGGUAGUUCUGCCAAUGGUGCCACACUGCUUCUAGAGGUUGGAGAUGUUGUGUUUUUGCGUCUGAGGCAAAACUCAAGGAUAUAUGACAGUGAAAAUCACUACAGCACCUUCAGUGGUCAUCUGCUUUUCACCAUGUGAGAAAGAAACAGUCUUUUUUCUUCACACACUGCAGCAGUGUACCAGUCUUUGUUGAUAGAAGCUGUUUAAUGAGAA